UGCUGAGCUGCAGGGAUCAAACCUCCCACUGGCGCACACACAGACACACGACAGGAUCAGCAUUUCUGUGAUGCCAACUUCUGAACUUUGGGUCGGGACUUGGAGACCCCAUAGACCAGCAGGGCCCAUAUCUGCCCACUGUCUCAGCCCAGGACCCAAGUAUGCACUGCCUGGACUCACAGGAGCUUCUAAACAUGACUUUACAAGAUACAAAGCACCAAUGUUCAGCUUUGGGAUUCGUCACGAGCUGUGCAGUUCUGAUUGCUCCCCUGGACCAAAGUACCAAAUCCCCUCUAACAUCACUCGUGUAGGCCGAGGAGGAAGUCCUGCGUUUGUGUGCUCCAACCGUACAAAUGGCUCAAGAUUGUACCAAACCCCUGGACCGGGUCCAGCUGCUUACUCUCUGCCCCCUGUGCUGGGGCCUAAAACAGCCCCCAGCUUCUCACUUGGUGGCUUCACUAAAAGUGGAAGCUUCCUGGAGAACCUGAAGACGAGUCCAAGCCCUGCUGCCUACAAAGUUGUGGACCCUGGUACUUACAUGCAGAAACUGCCCCAGUACAGCAUUACAGGCCGCAACUUUGCUCCUGAUAGUGGCACAAAGACACCAGGACCUGGUUCACACUAUCCUGAGAGGGUGACCGUCACUUCUGCAAAAAAUCCAAGCUUCUCCUUUGGAAUCCGUCACUCCGAAUACAUCGUCCCCCUCGUUGUUGACGUGACUGAAUGA